GAAAGCGCUGGAGGACGUUCCCUUUUGAGGCGUCGUGAUGUGUGGGGACUGUGUGGAGAAGGAAUAUCCCAAUCGGGGUAAUACCUGCUUGGAGAAUGGAUCUUUCUUACUGAACUUUACAGGCUGUGCAGUAUGCAACAAGCGGGAUUUUAUGCUGAUCACAAACAAAUCCUUGAAAGAAGAAGAUGGAGAAGAAAUAGUUACCUAUGAUCAUUUGUGUAAGAAUUGUCAUCAUGUAAUAGCCAGGCACGAGUACACAUUCAGCAUCAUGGAUGAAUUUCAGGAAUAUACCAUGCUGUGUCUGUUAUGUGGCAAAGCCGAAGAUACUAUCAGCAUUCUCCCUGAUGACCCCAGGCAGAUGACUCUGUUAUUCUAAGCAUCCUUCUUCUGUUCUGUUGUAAUUAUGUCUGGUUGGUUUACAAUACCAGCAAGCCUGAUGGUUUGUUUUACUUAGUUUCUAUUGAAAAUUCUUUGCUUUUUUUUUUCAGCUUGAACUUAUCUGUUCUUUGAAAGAGAAAGUAAUUUAGGGGAUUGCUGCUCUCUAAGGCUGGGCUCUUCUGUUGAUGAUAUUCCUAGUUCAUAUUAGUGCAACCAAAAUCAAGUGUCUUUAUUAGCUGUUUUGUGGCUUAAAAAAAAAAAUUCACUAGAAUGAGAACCUAAAAUCUUGAUUUCUAAUGCCAUUUUCUGAGAAAAGGAACCAGGGGUUCCUGGAGAAAUGGCUGAUUCUAGGAGGGCAGGAAUUAUGCAAGAUAUGCCUGGAACAUCUUGUAGUGCCACAAAGUAAGGAAGUGUCAAAACAAAACAAAUAACAACAACAACAACAACAAAAACCCCACAAUGAUAAGAAUGUAUCACAGGGCUAUAGGAGCCAAUUGAAAGAAUUUCCAAUGAUGAGAGCUGGGACAAUUUUAGCAAUAGACUAAAGUAGUGUUGGAUUAUAACCCAAAUUAUAAAAUAAAUAUGAGUCCAUACUGAUACAAAAAAAUGAUCAAAUGAAUAAAUAAAUGGGGAGAAUAGACCAAUAUCCCAUGCAGUAGAAUUCCAAAUAAUUUAUGCAGUAUUCCACUCCUAAGGAGGUGGAACAUAACUCCCCACUUCUUAAGUGUGGACUGCACACAGUGACUUCCUUCCAAAGAGUACCAUAUGGAAAGGUGGGGAGCAAAAGAGUAACUUCAUAGUAGAGAAAACUAAUAAACUACCUCAGCCAGGUGAUCAUGGUUAAAAGCAUCAAUGAUAAGUCAUGUUGAUGGCAUGUACUCUUUAUACGAUAUGAGAAGGGCACUUUAUCUUUGUGGUCUUUUUCCCCAAAACCUAAAAUCCCAGUCUCAUCAUGAGAAAAACAUCAGACAAAUCCCAUUUGAGUGGCAUGCCACAAAGUAGCUGACCAGUACUCAAAACUGUGAAGGUCAUCAAAAACAAGGAAAGUCUGAGAAACUGUCACAGCCAAGAAGAGCUUGAGACAUGGUGACUAAAUGUAAUGUGGGCUCCUGUACCAGAAAAAGGACAUUAAGUAAAAACUAAGGAAAUCUGAAUAAAGUAUGGAUUUUAGUUAAUAAAAAUAAAUAAAUAGAAUGAUUUCAGCUGCUCCAAAGGGAUCUUAGAAUAGUUGAAAGAGCAUUGGUUCGGGGUUCAUAAACCCUGGCAUUAGUCUUCUGCCAUUUGGACUUCAGUGUCCCAGUUCUGUAAAACUGGGCUUAUAAAAAUUGAUCUACUUCCUUCACAGUCUUGUUAGGAGAUCCAAGUGAAUUAACAAGAAAGCAUAUAAAGUUCUGGAUUCAAUGAGGUGGCUUCAGUUAGUUCUUCUCAUGCUGAGACCAAAACUUAGAGGGUCAGAUUGGAAGCACAACUGUUUCCUCUUCAUAGCUAAGAGACUUGAAAAUUCUGGACUAAACCUUAGCUUAUGAGAGAAAACAGUGAGCAAAGUGAGUGAAGUGUUCAUUAUUGUUACCAGGGAAAAACUUGGUUGUAUAGCAGCAAUUCUCAUAAUACUAAGGUUUAUUGAGUGCUUACCAUGUGCCAAGACCUGCUUUUAAGAAUUUUACUCAUUUAAUCCUCAUUACCAACUCCAUGGGGUAGUUUACUAUUGUUAUUCCAGUUUUAGAGCCAAAGAAUCUAAGGCACAAAGAAGUUAAGUAACUUGCUCAAGUUCACACACCUAGUACAGUGACUCCCUCUCAACAAAAGUGUUGGGGAAAUAUGAACUAUAAAGGGUCUAGCAACGUUAGCAAGAGGUUGAAAAGUAUUGGUGACAGUACUCUGAUGAAUCUAGGUUAUUUGAACCAAGAUUUGUUAUUUAGAAAAGUUAACAGUUGCUUCUUAGGGAUCAGUUGUUUUAUUCCUGGAAAAUGUUUUCCAUUGUGCUACAAAUCUCUGUCUGAUCUGCUAAGGAAACAAUUUUGUGAAGUGAAUCCAAAAAGCAGAAAAGAUGCUUCAUUACUUUAAAUAGUAGUGCUAAGCCUAUUAUAGCCUCUGAAUUGUCCAUUCUUUGAGUUUGGAAUGCUGCCAGCUUACUUAUUCGGAGCUCAAGAGUAUGAUCUCAUAUGCCCCUACUGACAUUCUCAUGCAUUGCAGAAUGUAUAAUUGUUAUCUUUUUGUUUUGGACUUUAUAUUACAAAAUUUUAAAGAUUCUAUCCUAUUUCAUCAUCAUUAAACAAAAAAUUGUGCUGUGAAAAAAAAAAAAAAAAAAA